GAUAUCUUUAGAUUUUGUUGUCAGUUUGUAACUGUGAACGGUGUAGUAUAGCGAGCUCGAGGCGACUAUAAUGCGUUCGAGCCGGUAAAAGGACACGUUAAUGCUACUUUCACCAUACACACACCUCUUUGCCUUUUGUUUACAUGUCAAUAUCAAUUCAAGAUUGUACCUGUUGCUGUGAAGACCUCAGAACAUGAGUAACUUAACGAAUGGUAAUAGAAAUAGUCCAAACAAAUUGACUAAUGGCAAUUCAAACAUUCCAUUGCGGAAGGCCUCCUUAAAUAGAGUAAAUUCGAAUUCUUCCACGCAUUCGACGCCUCCGUCAUCACCCUCCAGAAUACCCAUUAAUAAUCCAGAGGCACAAAAGUGGAAACACAAGUACGAGGAUGCAGAACAGAAACGAAAGAAUAUUCUCAGCGAAAAAGAAAAGAUUGCCCGUCAGUAUAACGAUAUGCAAAGGAAACAUUUAGAUCUUCAAAUAAAAAAUGAACAGUUAGAAACCGAACUGUUUGAGAAAAAUGAAAAUUAUUCCAAGUUAUCUGAAGCGUCGAAGAGUUUGUAUAAGGAGUACGAAACGUUGAAAAAUAAAUAUGAAACUGAAACGACUGCAAUGUCAAAGGCACUCCAGGACGCCUCAAACUGGUACAAAGAAAACAAAGUACUCAAAAGAAAAACCAUGUUGUUAAUGGACACCGACACCGUGGACGAAGGAGUGGACGCUGGAGAGUCAAACGGCGACUCCGACAUCCAAAAUCUCCAAAAAACCAUCAAACAAUUAAGUGCGGAAGUCGCUGAGCUUCAAACGGAAGUCGAUACUUUGAAACACAUUGAGUUCACCACGUCCGAACAGAAUAUCAAGCUAUCCGAAGAUUUAGAUUCCGAAAAAGACAAAAACAAGAAACUGGAGCACGAUAUGCACGAGUUGAAGAAAGACUACGAGCAAAUAAUCCGCGUUUCCGACAUGAUGAAGAAGGAACUCAACAAUUUGAAAGAAAUGGAAGAAAACCAAAGAAAUAGCGUAGUGAUCUUAAGGAAAGAAGCCGAUGACUAUAAAAGAGAAAGGAAUGUUUUGGCACAUCAAAGCACUCUGCUUCUGCAGGGACUUAGUAAUGAGAAUCAGGAAGAGUUCAUGGUUUUGCUGCAGGACGUCGAAGAGUUGAAGCGCACUCUGGAAGAUGAAAGGAAUAAACAUGAGGAGGAAAUAAAUGCGUUACAAGAAAAGCUAGAAAUGGCGGAGAAAAAUUCGCAAGUGGAGGUGUUGGAAGAGCGUCUUAAAUUGGCGGAAUCUGAGUUGCAGGAGGCGUUAGAAAGAGCGGACAAGGCGGAGGAGGCUUUGAAGAGGCCUCCAGCGCCGCCCCCACCACCACCACCGUUGCUUAUUAACAGCGAGCCGCCAACUGUGCCUCUGAGGGUGAAGAGAAGAUCUAAAACCAAUAUUGCGGACCUUGCGGACGCUAUUGGUGUUAAAGACAAGGAGCCUGCAGUUGAUGGAAAAACGUCGACGCCUGGUGUUAACGACAACAUCAUUAACGAUAUCAAGUCGGGGAAAUUUACGUUACGGAAGGUUAAAAACGAAAAUAAGAAAGAAAGGGAAGGCUCGAAAGCCGUGUCGGAACUCUUAAAUAUCUUAGGUAGUUUGAGGAAAGCUCCCAAAAGUCGACAAAGUCAAGCCGUCGACGUAACUAGUUAAAGUGAUUUAAAUUAUAGUCAAUCGUAUGUAGUAUUAUUGCCAUAUUUUUUAUAAGUUGUUUUGAGAUACAUUUUAUAUUUUGUUUUUAUUGUUGUAAGUAAAAACAACGUUUGUACGAA